AUGGAGGUGCCCAUCGGUGAUGGCAGCCCCGCAAAGCGCGAGCUUGUCAUCUUGACGAAAAGCGACCAGAUCACAUCGCAGACCAACACUACCAUAGCGAACACAUUCCACCAGUUCCCCAACCUUCCCAAGGAGCUGCGGCUCAAGAUCUGGGAGCAGGUCAUGAUCGAAGCGCGUCCCAGUCGACGAAUCAUUAUCGACGAAGGCCGAGUCGUUCCAUUCAAACAGCUCAUCAGCCCUCUUCUGAUUGUCAAUUACGAGUCUCGAACGUGUGCUCAAGCCUUCUACAACGUCAAACUCGACAUCUACGCUGUUCCCCCAGUUACCCAGGACCAGGUCAAACAUUUGGACAAGCAGAAGAAUUGGAAUCGGAUCGAAGGCUCGGAAAGGGCUGUGGACGGAAAAGUCCACGGUUACAAUGACGAAUGGGUCGAGAACGAAUUCGAAGAGCAGCGGCAGGCCGUACAGUCGUCAUUCGGCUCUCACUACGACCCGGAGGAGCGGGACUAUGACAUCGACAAAAUUAACAGAGACGAGAAGGAAUACACCGUUGAUUUGGAAGAUCACUGGUCUGAUUUCGUGAGAGACGAGCUGCGUGUCCUCGGAGCAAAUUCUAUUCGCAAAGCCGAGGCGUCGGGGCCCACCACGGGCGCGUUCUACAUCAGCCCGGAGCAUGAUGUCUUCAUCACCGACUACGACUGCACAGCACACUUUUCGAUCGACAGUGCUUCGGGGAUCCUAGGAGAAGACUUCCCCAGUAUCCAAGAUAUUUCGUGCCGUCACAUCUCCGAGAAGCUGCCCGCUGCUAUAUGCCAGAGAGUCUCGACCCUAGUCCUCGUCAGGCUUAGCCACUUCUGGCACAUACGCGAUGCCGAAGAAUUUCACUAUGAAGAAAGGCACUGUGUCUUCGCGGAUAACAAAGCCGUCCGAGCAGGUGGUUGGAAGAACGGAUUUGAUCGUGAGUUCCAAUCCGGAUGGCGCCAGAAGCAAUGGGAAACGUGGUGUCUGAAGUCUCGGACGACUUGGAAAAAGAAAACCUUCCCGAGUGUUCAGGCUCACUUCGUGCUUUGGCACUUCGAUUACGGUCACGAGAAAGGCGCCUUUCUCACCAAGUUGACGAAAAUGAACGACGUCGAAAUUUCUGAAGGUUUACAACUUUGGGAAAAGGGUGAGUUCAACAGGAACGGGAAGGUCAUCCCAGGGUUGAAGAAGAAAAAGUGCAGAUUCGGCACUGAGAAAGCUGAUUGGGCGCGUGAUCUGAUGGCACAUUGGGACAUCAGCAACUGA